AUGGUCGCGCUUCCUAUUUCCAAGUUUCUCUUCCUGAGCAGUGCCCUUUUCGCCUCCACUUACGCCUUGAAGCUCAACGCCGUCUGGGCCUCUGGAGACUGGUCAGCCAUCGGCCCUCCCGGUGGACAAGGAAGCAACGGCCACACCGACGGCUUCUCUCUCGUCAAUGAAGCCGGUGAGACUGUCUGGAGCGAGUCUUACCCGGACGGCUAUACAGCCUGCGGCGGCGGGUAUGGCCACACCUUCGCUCUGACCGGUGGGUGUUUCCUUGAGGGAACCGAGUACCAUUUCAAUUGCUGGAGCAAAUCGAUCCAGCCGUCCAAGUGCUCCAUCAGGAACAAGGAUGGAAGCAACAUCGCCCUUGCGGAUGGCCAGUCUAGCACCCAUUUCAUCGGUAUUGCGCUGGGUAUAGAUGGGUACUGCGGUACCUCCUGGGACUUGGGCGAUGUUGAUUGCCCUGCCGACACGCAAGGCUUCAAAGCUACUUACCUUGGUGAUGACCCAGGACUAUAG